UAAUAUGCAUCUAAUCUCGUGUCGGGGAGAAAUUCCUUCGUCAUGAUAGUUUCUUUGUUAUGUCACUUCUCAUAGUUUACUGACAUGCUAAUAAAUUCUAGGAGGGAACCUCAUGAGUUUUAAUGGUUACAAAGAUGAAACUCCAUCUUAUUCUUCAAGCAAUUCGUUUACCAAACCAAGCUAUACUAAUAGUGUUGAUCAGUUCCAGGAAUUAAAGAGCUUGUUAAAGAAGAUGAAUGGCAGAGAAAAUGGACCAUUGGAAAACCUUUAUUUUACCCAAAAUACGAAUUCUUUUAUGUCCCUCGAUCCACAAGCAAUGUUAAAUUUUAACUAUGAUAACAGUAAUAGUAAUACUACCUUGGAGAAAGUGAAUUCAGAUGAUCCCGAAUUUCAAUUCUCGUUUCCUAAAUCUUCUGUGACGAAGAAGAAGAGAUCGCAUAUGGCUCAGCGGGCAAUAAGGAAAAAGGCGAAAUUCAUGAAUCAGCCAAAGACACUUAGAGACAAUUUUCAAUCGAUGCCAGAAUACAAAAUUAAUUUAUCAGAUUUGCAUAAAUAAGGUGGUGACAAACAGAGUUCAGAAUAAAAGAUUAAUAACUCCAAGAAAACCUAAAAUGACUCGAGAUUUUUAUCAGACUCUGAAGAAUGAUAGCAGCCGGAUUAUUGAUAAUGAGAGUACUGACCUUUCAGAGAUAACUGAGGAAAGCUCUAGGCCUAUGAAUUGAAUUAACAACACUAUUAGAUCGAAAAACAUUAAGAAUAAAGACGUAGAGAUCAUCAAAAUAGAACCGAAAAAUGCAGAUACAUCUUUAAUUUCUAGCGCAAGCCAAUCUAGCGAUCUAGGGUUCAUAAAUCCUCCAGAAAUAAAGAAGCACUGGUCCAAAAACACUUUCGGAAGGGUCGAAUCAGAAUUCCCCACCCAACGACUUCAACCCCCUCCUUCCCUCCCCUCCCAUCCACCCCAAACACGCCCUAACCCCCCUCCCAACCCUCAUCCUGCCCCUCCAUCCAAAAGGUUUGACUACAAGUACAAAAAGAGGUUGAUUAAAAAACCAAAGCGACGAGUUAUGCUACCGAAGAGAGUGGAGACGUAUGAGGAUGUCAUCAAGCGGCUUUAUGACACUAAGCCAGCACGUAAUGAGUAAUUUUUUAAGAGGGGUUUGAAAUU